AUGACAUUUUUAACAACACCAUAUGCUCAUAUUUUUGCAAAGAAUCGUUAUGGUGUCGAUAAAUUCAUUGGUGAUAAUGGCGCUGAAUGCCCAGCAGGCAUUGAAUUAGAGAACGGUGGAGGUGACAAAACAGCAUUUAGUCAUUUAGAAGCAAGAACAAUGUUAGAUGAUAUCAUGAUUGGCGUUAAUCUUGGUCCAGAUGAACAAGAUCAGGAGCCAUUUAACCGAGUUUCAGAUGCAACACUAGCAGUUCUUUUGGAUACAGGUAAUUAUAAAUUUGACUAUAGAAAGGCAUCUCCGAUGAUAUGGGGAAACCCUGAAUCAAUCAACGGAAAACCAAUCGAAAACUUUGCAAUUGGUCCACCACAGACAACAUUCCCAUUCUCAUAUCUGGUAUUUGAAGAUCCAUAUGGAACAGCAUUGCCUAAUUAUAAAACAAUUGGUCUGCUUCCAUUAAGUGAAGUAGUUGCAAAUGCUCAUUGUGGCGAAAAUAAUGAAGAUAAGGAAUACUGUGAUCAUAAAUCAUUUUAUAAUCCAAAGAAUUUAGACUCAUACGGUGCAUCAGAUGUUUUUGAUUACAUGGUUUUCAUUAUACCAUAUAUGACUUGCCCAAGUGGUAAAGGUGCAAUGCGAGGACUUUCAGAUUGUUAUGAUUAUACAUGUGAUGGAUAUUCUUCUGUUAAUUUUGAUGUUAAUGGUAAAAGUGUGAAAUGCACUAAAGAAUCAGAUCCAGGAUAUGAGUAUGAUGAUUAUUCGGUUUUAUGUGUUGAUCCAGAGAGAUUCUGCAGAACAGUUAAGUUGUUCGAUAUGAAAUUCAAGAAGAAUCCAUUUAUUACUAAUGUUGAACACUUAAGUAACACUGAUCAAGGUCCAGGUUCAGAUAUAGCACCAGAUGGAGUUUACGAUCCAUCAUCUUUCGGUCCAGAACCAACUCCAACAGAAGGAUCUAACGAUGGAAUAUCUGGAAUUUGGAAGAAAUACAAGCUUUACAUUAUAAUUGGUGCUGCUGUAAUAGUAGUUAUUAUCUUUGUUAUAAUUAUUGCCGUAUGCUGCAGGAAAUCGAAGAAAUCCAGCCAUAACAAGAAGGGCAAUAAGCAUAAAAAUCAUCAUAAGAGGAGACAUUCUAGUUCGGACUAUGAUGGAGAUAAAGUUUAA